AGACAGCCCCGAACAUAAACUGGUGAGCAAGACGGGACUUGAAGUCAACAACAAUUUUGACAAAACUGAUGCUUAAUUACUUUAACACAUAAAUUACAAUAAAACAGGCAUAAUUUCCUCCAGAGCCAUGUUCUCACUGGUAUUACUCUCAGGUUUCUUUACCCUCACACAUACCUCUCAGUAUGUCUUUGUGAAUGAAUCCAAGACUUGGGCAGAAGCUCAGAGAUACUGUAGAGAGAAACACACUGAUCUGGCCACCAUUGAAAAUGAACAACAAACUCUCCAGUUAUUGGACACAGUGAAUGAUGUUUCCAUUGAUUUGGCCUGGAUUGGACUCCUUGAUGAUCUGAACAGUUGGAAAUGGACUCUAGAGGACAGUGACUUCUUUAAGGUUGGAGAGAAAGACUUCAGGAACUGGAAUAAUGAAGGACCAGGGAAUUCUGGAGUACAAAGUCUGUGUGUUUAUAUACGCAAUAGGAUAUGGUCUACAGCAAGCUGCUCCAGUGGAUUUCAUCCUACGGUCUGCUAUGAUGGAAGAGAAAAUGCCAGUGAAACUUAUGUUUUUAUUUACGAGUCUAAAACCUGGACUGAAGCUCAGAGUUACUGCAGAGAACAUCACACAGACCUCAUCAGUAUCAGGAAUGAGACUGAAAACCAGAAGAUCCAGUAUAUAUUAAAAUAUUUUAAUUAUGACCGUGUUUGGAUUGGACUGUACAGAACCUGGUCUUGGUCAGAUCAGAGCAACUCUUCAUUUACUUACUGGAGCACACGGCAUCCAGAUACUGCUGGAUCCUGCACUUCAGUGUCAUUUAGUGACUCUGGGAGCUGGACUGAUGAAGACUGUGAUUUUGCAUUUCCUUUCUUUUGCCACAGUGCAUUAGCAUCAUCCCACCAGUAUCACUUUGUGAAUGAAUCUAAGACCUGGACUGAAGCUCAGAGAUACUGCAGACAGAAUUACACUGAUCUGGCCACCAUUGAUGACAUGGAGGAAAUGAACAGACUGAUUAACACAGUUAAUGGGAGUUACAGCGGCUCAGCCUGGAUUGGACUGUAUGGUGACGUGAACAACUGGAGAUGGUCACUGGAAGACAAUGAUUUCUAUCAGGAAGGAGAGAGAGAUUUCAGGAACUGGCAACAUGAACCAGACAAUAUUGAGAGUAACGAAUUGUGUGUUCACAUGGAUUCUAAUGGGGAAUGGUUUGAUAUGCUGUGUGACUACACACAGCGAUUUGUUUGCUAUGAUGGUAGAGAAACCGCCACACAGAGUUUUAUCAGAAUCGAUGAUAGGAAAACCUGGUCAGAGGCUCGUAGAUACUGCAGAGAUCAUUACACAGAUCUCGCCAAUGUGAGAAAUCAGACUGACAACCAGAGGAUCCUCGAGACAGCAGGUGGAUAUGGAUUCGUCUGGAUUGGUCUGUACAGAAACAGAGUUUGGUCAAACAGUCAGAAUACCAGUUAUCAAAACUGGAGGCCUCAAAUUCCUGGGUUACCAGCUCAACCAGAUAAUAGUGUCAAUCAAAAUUAUGAAAAUGGGUAUCAGCACUGCACUGCAGUAUCAUUCAGACAUUCAGGCCGAUGGACAGAUGAGAUCUGUGUAUCCAGCAUGCCUUUCUUCUGCUACAGCAGAACCUGCACACAAUCUUCAUGCACCCGUCAAUAUCACUUUGUGAAUGAAUCUAAGACCUGGACUGAAGCUCAGAGAUACUGCAGACAGAAUUACACUGAUCUGGCCACCAUUGAUAACAUGGAGGAAAUGAACAGACUCAUUAAAACAGUACGUGGCACUUUCUUUGGAUCAACUUGGAUUGGACUUCAUGAUGAUCUGAACAGCUGGAGAUGGUCACUGGAAAAUGCAGCAUUAGGGGGAGGCUUUAAAAGCUGGUUUGUUCAGAAACAAGUGAGCUCUGUUGGACAGAGUCGGUGUGUGUACAUGCCAUUUAAUCAUGGAAUAUGGGGUGAAGUCACUUGCAACAAUAAUUUUCGUUUUGUUUGCUAUGAUGGACAAGUGAAUGCUAGUAAAAGUUAUGUGUUGUUUGACCAGUCUAUAACCUGGACUGAAGCUCAGAGUUACUGUAGAGAACAUCACACAGACCUCGUUAGUAUCAGGAAUGAGACUGAAAACUACAAGGUUCAGUCAUUAAUUCCAUAUUCAUCGGGUAUUUGGAUUGGACUGUACAGAACCAGAUCUUGGUCAGAUCAGAGCAACUCUUCAUUCAGUAACUGGAGGACAGGACAGCCAGAUAACGCUGGAGACGGUGAAUACUGCACUGCAGUCUCAUUCAGUGACUCUGGGAGCUGGACAGAUGAAAACUGCAACACUGCAUUACCUUUCAUUUGCUACAGCGCAUCAGCAUCGUCCCGUCAGUAUCACUUUGUGAAUGAAUCUAAGACCUGGACUGAAGCUCAGAGAUACUGCAGACAGAAUUACACUGAUCUGGCCACCAUUGAUGACAUGGAGGAAAUGAACAGACUGAUUAACACAGUUAAUGGGAGUUACAGCGGCUCAGCCUGGAUUGGACUGUAUGAUGACGUGAACAGCUGGAGAUGGUCACUGGAAGACAAUGAUUUCUAUCAGGAAGGAGAGAGAGAUUUCAGGAACUUUUAUCAUGAACCAAACACUGCUGGAAAUGAACUGUGUGUUUACAUGGAUGAUAAAGGAAACUGGUUUGAUUAUUCAUGUGACAAUCAUUUCAGAUUUGUCUGCUAUGAUGGCACAGAAAACUCCUCUCAGAAGUAUGUCUGGAUAACUGAGGGAAAGACCUGGGCUGAAGCUCAGAGCUACUGCAGAGAGAAAUACACUGAUCUGGCCAGUGUGAGGAAUGAGACAGAGCGUCAACAGAUACUGAGCAUUGGACAAUUUGAUAAUGUAUGGAUUGGUCUGCACCGAAACAGACUGUGGUCAGAUCAGAGCAGCUCUUCCUUCACAUAUUGGCUGCCAUCAACACAAGGUGAUGCUGCACAACCAGAUAAUGGUAGAAAUGUUCAGGGACAGCAUGGAACUCAGCACUGCACAGCUGUGUCUUUACAACACUUUGGUCAGUGGACAGAUGAGAGAUGCUUUGACAGUUUGCCUUUCUUCUGUUACAGUGGUGAGCAAAUAUACCUUCUAGAAUGAAAUAGGCUGUUACACCCAAAAACAAGAAAACAACAAUGACAAUGUGGAUAUGAAUGUGAAUUAUGUAAAAAAAUUAUGUAAAAUAAAGAGAAACAAAAGUCUGUAUCAUAAGUCUAACAUAUGAUAUUUCUGUUUGCUUUUGGUGAACCUGAUGGCCAUCAUAUCAACCCGCCUUUGUCAGAUGAGUAUGGUAUGUUUACAUUUACUUUUAAUACAUAAAGCACUGUAAAGAUUUUUGGAGGUCAAAACUCUAGUUUUAGGUUUACGUUACUUAAUUGCGCCAACAGAAAAUUUCCAUGUAGCAAGUCAACAUAAAAUCUUUUACAAGUUGAUGGGAAUGCGAGUAGAAUUUACAAGUCUAGAAACUUUGUCAGAGUCUCAGAUUGAAGAGCUUGUGAUUAUACAGCUACAAGAGCAGUUGAUGAGGCUCGGACUUCCCAGCAACGUCACCAUGAAUUUGAGAGACUAUCGCAAGAUCAAUCACUGACGGAGGAGGACAACGCUUUGCAGUUUUCAAUACAGUUGUGGGCUCAAUACUUACUUGACCAUGAAGUAUUCCCCCCAAAAUGUUAUUUCAUUAUGUUUUAUGUUGUUUUAAUGGACCUGUUAAAUCAAUGUAGGGUUUAGUAUCAAAAUGAAUGUAGCUUGAAUUUAAUAUAAGAAUGAUGGGAAGUUGGGCUUACAGUAGAGCUGUAUAUAGUCUGAUCAAUUGUUUUUCAUGUAAAUGCAUAUACUCAUUAUUUCAACAAUUUAUGACAUCAGUAUGAUCUGAAAAUGAAAAUAAGAUGUUUUUGUGUUUGUUUUGAAGUUAUGCAUAACAAUGGUACUGAAUGUUGUGUGUAAAGUUAAAGUUUGAAAUACUGAAAGUAAGUUGUGUUUGUUUUGUGAGUUCUAUGUUCUAGAAGAGUAUAACCAAAGGGAUGAAAAUAAGAUUAAACUAUUGAACCUG